UUGAAGCCAGCCUUAUAAAAACCUCCCUGGCUCAGUGCUCUUCACUAGUGCUGGCUUCUUGCUACAGCUCCACACUCCUUUGCAUUGAAGGGUGAACGCGAGGUUGGGAAGAUGACUAAGCUGGAAGACCAUCUGGAGGGGAUCAUCAACAUCUUCCACCAGUACUCAAUUCGGUUGGGGCAUUAUGACACCCUUAUCAAGCGGGAGCUGAAGCAGCUGAUCACCAAGGAACUUCCCAACACCCUCAAGAACACCAAAGAUCAAGCUACCAUUGACAAAAUAUUCCAAGACCUGGACGCCAAUCAAGACGGACAGGUCAGCUUUAAAGAAUUUGUGGUCCUGGUGACCGAUGUGCUGAUAACUGCCCACGACAACAUCCACAAGGAGUAGGAAGCUCUAAGGGGCUGCCCCCCAACGUGUCCCCAAGAAGACUUUCCCUGUUCACCAGCCUUGUCUGAGGGAAGGGAGAGUAAAUAAAUGUAUUUUUGAAUAGUUCUGAA